AUGUAUUUGGGUCUCAACAACCUGCUUGGUAAUAACAAACAAGGAUCUCGUAAUACAAGCGACUUGAGGAGUUCAGUUCUUGUGGUGGUUAUACUGAUCGUGACAACUACGUACCAAGCCACCAUCAGUCCCCCGGGUGGCUAUUGGCAAGACAGUACCACUGUAUUCAACAAUAAUACUGUUCCAGAAGAACACCACAAGGCUGGAGAGAUGAUUAUAGAUCCCUUUAAUGCAGUGUUAUUCUAUGGAUUCAACGGGAUAGCCUUCUUCUUAUCUAUACGGGUUAUCAUGAUUCUCAUCAUUGGACUUCCCAUGUGGAAAACUAUAUACGGUUCCAUUGUAGUUCUUGGAGUUGCUAGUUUUGCAUCGCUUUAUACCACAUUCCCUUUUACUGAUGCCUAUAGACUAGACAUGAAUUUACCAGGGUUUAUAAUAAUACUCAGAUACCCGAUAGUUACCGGGUUCAUAGUGUUUGUCCCUUAUGUAGCAUUCGUACGGAACGAACGUCGUCGGCGACAAGUGGACUUUCCGGUGAAGUAUUUCAGCAAGUCUCUCGGCCCAACGUGGUGA